AUGGACAAGGUUUAUGAAGAGCUGGAUGAAGCUAAAGCUGAAAUCGAGAAUCUAAAGGCAGAACUAAGAGCCAAGACAGAUUCACUUGAUAACUUGAAGAAAUCCCACAAUGCACAUGUCAAUCAGAUACAGGAAGCAAAGUUCAAGGCUGAGAAGCUGGAUCAAGAACUGCUUCAAAAAGCAGAUGAAAUUUCUGAGGCUAAGCAGGUGUGUGAAGAUCUCAAGGUGAAUUUGAAUAAAAAAGAUUCUGUCAUCAUGCAUCUCAGUGCUGCAAAUGAUAAACUUAGAGUGGAUUGUGAUGACAAGUUUAAAAAGUGGGAAGAUGAAAAAAGAGGGUUGCUAUUGGCGUUAGAGGAGGCAAAUGAGAAGGCUGAGAACCAAGAACAACAGAUUUAUCAUUACAGACAAGAGAUUGAAAGCCUAAAAGGUUGUCUUUCAGUUUCAAAGAAGUGUUCGGAAACAGAGAAAAAUUUAAAGGCAUCCAAGGAACUAAGAGAAAGAGAUGACAUGUUCCAGAAGUUAGAGGAGGAAAAUGGAAAGGUGAAAGAUCAAUUAAAAUGGAAGAAGGAACAGUUUAAACAUCUAGAAGAAGCACAUGAAAAACUUAAACACCAGUUUAGGUCUAGCAAACAGGAGUGGGAGAUGGAAAAAUCUACAUUGCUUGAUGAGAUUUCUUCUCUGCAGAUUAAGUUAGACUCUCAGGUCAGAAUAUCAGAGGACCUGCUGAGUCAGUUAAAGACAUGCCACCAAGCUCUUGCUCAUGUAGAAAGCCAGAAAAAGCGACUUGAAGUUGAAGUUUCUGAAUUUAAGCAGCAGCUUGUUAAUGCCAGUAGUGAGUACCAAGAUGCUAGGUUACAGCUUGAUAGCUUAAACUCUCAGCGUGACAAAGAUAUUGCAGAUUUGAGAUAUGCACUGAAAACUAAAGAGGCAUAUCAUAAAGAAUCGAAGUACAGAAUUGAGAAGCUAGAGCAAGAAAAUCAAGAGUUACGGAUGUCCCUCAAAGAAUUCCAGGAAGCUCAAAUUCAAGAAGCAGGAGCUUCAUAUUCAAAAUCAAAGUUGGGGUCCAAGCUCAGAAAUUUGGAACAAACUCAUAAAGAGUGUGCCUCAGCUUUUAAGGUUAAAGAAGCUGAAUGGAACCUUCAGCUAGAACAAUUGACAGGAGAACUGAAUAGCUGUCAGAUGGAGUUGGAAACUAAAAUUGCAGCAGUGGAAGAGCUUCAGAUGGAGUUGGAAAGGUCUCAUUCUUUAACCAUUGAGAUGAAGUUGCUGAAUGAGGAGAUGUCUGUGAUGCUGCUAGUGUUAAAACAGGGAAUUUCUGAGGCUCAAUUGAAGCUUGCCAACCAUAAAGACGAGAUGGAUCUAAUCAACAAAGAGAGUGGAAGGAAGAUCUUUCAACUGUUGAAGCAGCUGGAGAUGAAAGAUGCUGCUUUGAUCAGUGCCCAGAAUGGCAUAAAUGAAGAGCGUGAGAGAACUGCAUGUUUGACGAGGGAGAUUGAAUCCUAUGGAUUCAACAAAGAACUGCAGCACUCGCUGCAAAGUGAACUUGAUGGGCACAAGGAAAUGCUGGAGGAAUCAACUAUGUGUCAGAUGAUCCUCAAAGAGAAGGUUUUGCAGAUGGAAUGGGAAUUAAAAGAACAGCAUGAUGCUUUAGACAGUGCUAUCGUUGAAUUGGAUGAGAGAAUAUGUGAAAGGAAUGAAAUGGAAUUUGAAUUGCAAAUAUGGAAGUCAAUUGUUGAACGUUUAAAAAAAGAUCUUGAAGAAAAUCAUGUGAUGCGUAAGGAACUAGAAGCUUCACUUCUUGCACAAGUAGAUGAUGGUGAAAGCCUCAAGCAAGAGAAGGAUAGCUUGGUUUAUAAGUUGGAAGAGAAAGAGAGGAAACUAGACUAUCUGCAGCAACAUGUUGUGCUAUUGGAAAAAGAGCUAAGAGCAACGGAGACGACAUUAGCUUCUGUUCCAGCAAGUGGGGGAGAAUCAUCUGUGUCCUUUGAGUCUGAUAAUGCCAGAUAUCUCCAGAUCACAGAGGAGAAGGACAAGGUCCUAGAGGAGCUCCAGAAAGAGGUUGUUUGCCUGGAACAAGAAUCAUUUAAAAGGGAAAUUGAAAGUUAUGUGAUUGCAAAAGGCACUAUGAAAGAGCAUGAGAAUGAACUCAUGAAGCAGUUGACUUCUUUGGAAGAGCAGUUCACUAGCUCGUUGACCACCUUUUCUUCACAGCUUGCUGAGAAACAGGCUGAAAUUAAACUCAUCCAGGAAGUUUGUGAUAAGAUCAUGGCAUCUCAGAUUCUAGCAGCAGUUGAAAUUGAAGAGAAGAAGCUGAUGAUAGUGGAACUUCAGAAUGAUAUCUAUGCAAUACAGAAGAAACUGAAAUUGCAGGAGGAAAACUGGAACCAAUCGAAACAGUUAAAAGUAAAGGAGUUGAAUGAUCAAAUGGAGGCUAAGCUCAGAGAUUCAGACACUUUGCUUCAGAAACUCAAGAUGGAGAAUAGAAAUCUACUUGAAAAUGCCACACGACUGUCAUCAGAAAGGGAAAACUUGUUGGCUUUUGUUCAGGAAUUCGGUGAUAAAAUCUGUGAGUUCUCUACUUCAGACACUCAACUAAUGGACAUGUUGAGAUGCAUGGUGCAGUCUUUUGAGAAUGAUUGUCCAGGAAUGAAUUUGAAAAAGGAUGAUGAUUUCCUUGUAAAAGAGAAUAUGUUUAUUCAUUCUCCUACUAGGAUAAAGAAACUUGACGCUAUUUCUGAUAUAAGAUCGCCAUUCAAGGAGCUCAACAGUUAGUUGA